AGAAUAUGUCAAAUACAACUCUGCCCAAUGCAGCAACUAACUUCACAGAUCGCGGCGAACGGACGCUUGUAUCUUUGUGCUGUAAACGCCGUUAAGACGCAAAGCUGCGACAUUAGUCCAGGUGUUUUCAAAUUUGAUUAGAAUUUUGUUUUAUUUUGAAUUUUUUAAAUUAUCUAAUAUCAAAAAUAUAUUUUUAUAUUUUUGAUAUAUAUAUAUACAUUUAACAGAAGUAAUCGACUCACAAUUUAAAUAUUUCGAAAAAUAUAAAUUAGUUUAAAUAAAACUGCAGCGAAAAGGACCAAACAAGAAAUCUAAAAUGGCGCCAACAAAGAGUACCCGUGCAAUUCCCAAACAAGCAUCUGCCAUACCUAGUGACGAGCAUGUCUUACCUAUGAUUCGAAAAGGUCUACCCAGACGGACAGCCCAAAAUAUAGUAGAUCAAAAUAUGGACAUGGCCCAGACGCGUGGUAAGCGAAAGGCUGACAAUAGCCCAGUAAAAAAUGAAAAAGUGAAGCGUUCAGCGUUGGGGAAUCUCACGAAUAACGUAAAAAUGAUGACCAUGACCAGCACACUGCAUCCGGAGGAGGAUGCUAAGCAGCAAAUCACAUUAAAAAAGAAAGACAGCCAAAUCGGCCAACAUGAACAAAUAUUAAAAGUUCUUGAAACCGUUGGUGGUAAUAUAUUAAAUCGGCAUACACAACAUAAAAUUACAACAAGAGCGUCUGCAAAAAGUUUAUUAAUUGAGGAGACAAAUAAAAUUAUGACAUCGGCACCAAUAAAACUUAAAAAAAAUGGUCCUGUUGAACCACUUGCUCCAAUUGCACCUAACAUACCAAUGCCGAUCAAAGUACAAAAUAAACCUACACGUCGUAUUUCCAAUGAAUUUAAUAAGACUGAAGAGAGCUUAUACAUGUCCGCCCUUGAAGACAUAUCCAGUUCGGAAUCCGUACGCUUUUCAGGAAAUUUUGAUGCUGCCAAAAGACGUUCAGCAUUAAUGCAAUGUAAACCUGAGGAAAACCUUAAUGGUCUACCAAAGGAUGUUGAAGACUUCGAUAAAUUAAAUUGGGAUGAUCCUUUUGCAGUAUCACAUUACACAAUGGACAUUUUCAAUUACCUAAAGGAACGUGAAGAAAAAUUUCCAAUUACAGAUUAUAUGGUAAAGCAAGUAAAUCUGUCGAAAUGGAUGCGUUCUUUAUUAAUUGACUGGAUGGUUGAAGUACAGGAGACGUUUGAAUUAAACCAUGAGACGCUCUAUUUAGCUGUUAAGAUAGUUGAUCUCUAUUUGUGUCGUGUUGUAAUUAGCAAGGAUAAGUUACAAUUGUUAGGAGCCGCUGCACUUUUUAUAGCUUGCAAGUACGACGAACGUACACCUCCAUUAGUGGACGAUUUUCUCUAUAUAUGUGAUGGUGCAUACAAACACAAUGAACUUAUAAAAAUGGAAAUGAAUGCGCUCAAAACAAUUGACUACGAUAUAGGCAUUCCUUUGUCAUAUCGUUUCCUACGUCGAUAUGCUCGUUGUGCCAAAAUACAAAUGCCCACAUUAACGCUUGCACGUUACAUAUUAGAGUCAGCGUUAAUGGACUAUGAAACAAUAACAUUUAGUGAUUCGCAAAUGGCAGCAGCAACUUUGUUUAUGGCUUUGCGCAUGACUGGUGAAAAGAAAGCAUGGACCUCGACUCUUGAAUAUUACAGUGGAUAUAAAUUAGAAGAGUUUGCUGAAAUUGUAGUAGUUCUAAAUGCUGGAUUACACCGCAAACCAAAAGCUACAAUAAAGACAAUAAGAAGCAAGUAUUCUCACAAAAUAUUCCACGAAGUCGCCAAAGUUCCACUAAUGACCACUGCAAAAUUAUUCGAAGAUAAUUUAGACUUUAAUAGUAGUUUUAAUUUGGAUAACUUAAGCAGUUUCCCGGAUUCUAGUUAAAAUUAUAUUUUGUUAAUGUUUUUAUGUAUUUGUUGUUUUGUGUUGUGCAAAAAUUUUCUAUGUAACAAACAUAUUUUCAUAUUAUCAAUGUAAUUACCAUUGUCAUUACCAUUUAUAACAAUUUA